UAAUCAAAUCGAUGCUCGUUAUACAAGUCAUGGCACCGAGAAAUAUUGAUUAAAGUGCUUGCCUGACCGCUGACAGUGUGCGUUCGUAACGAUAUCACGGUAGUUAUGUGCGGAGGAAUUGUUGCACAAGCGUCAUCAUCGCGCACUCGAAAUUCAAAACUGGCAUUUUUACUAUUGCUCUUCUCGAUCGCGCAUCUACCUUUGCUGCGAAACGCUGAUGCCAAAAUACUUCGUGGUGAUUUGGUAACACGCGAGAACUGGGCAUUCGUCGCGAGAUUCUGUUUUUUAACAGAGCGAGGUACUUUCCGAUACCAUUUUCGAUUAGGAGGUGAAGAGCGCGACUUGAAUCUGUUGCUCUAUUAUGAUGGACCUCAUCAGUGGCCCACCGUCUAUCCCUCCAACAAGACUUGUCAAGACAAGGAGAGUAUUCUUAACAUUGAUUACGGUCAAAUAGUACCCUUGAACACGUCGUUUCGCUUGUCGGGAUGCGUGGAGAGCGACGACGGUGUAAUCGAAUGCGACAGUCAGAGAAGAUUCAUCUCAGCACGGCCGAGAUGGUGGUUCAUAGUUUUAGCUGACUGCUCUUCCAAGACAGGCUUGAACGUCACGUACUGGAUAUCGUUGACCAACGCACCGACUGGUACAUUCUGGAAGGAGCACUUCUCCGCGGACGAAUUCUAUAUAUUGCCGCUGUUGAUAGCGGCCGCCUGCAUCUAUGUGAUAGUCACUACGCUCAGUUUCUACGUGGCGCUCCAACUACGCUCUAGGAGACUGCUGCACGUAUCCUACAAGCUGUUCAUGAUCUCCGUGUUGUGUCAAUUACUGGGCCUGUUGUGCGAGAUUUACAGUUACGUCAAUCUCGGUCUGAGGGGAGCACUACCUGAGAAUGCUCAUUUAUUGGGCCAGCUCUCGGCAGCAUCCUCUGAAACUCUGUACACGGUGCUCAUGCUGCUGCUUGCACUGGGCUACACGGUUACCAAAAGUGUCCUUACAUCAUCGCAAGUCCGAUGGAUUGUACUGUUUGCCAGUGUUACUACUAUUUGUCAAAUGACGCUGUAUAUAUAUCAAUCUGAGAUCUUCGACCCAGGACUGGUGCUGUACAUUUACGAGUCGCCACCAGGUUACGGCUUAAUAGCGUUAAAAUUGAUUGCCUGGUUCGUGUUUGUCACUCGUUGCUUCAAGACUAUCAGGAAGCUCCAUACAAAGCUCCAUUUCUACUUUUCACUGAUUAUCCUGGGAUCAAUGUGGUUUCUCUGUCAUCCUCUAACGAUAUUGACUAUCACUCUAUUUGUGGAGCAAUGGGUGAGAGAAAGUGUCGCUAAAGGAAGUUCCCUUUGCAUUGUCUUCUUGGGUCACAUAACAUUUUUAUAUGUAACUCGACCAUCUGUGAAUAAUAAGCGUUUUCCAUUCCACAUUAGAACAUGUCAAGUUAUGCCUAUAGGUGGUCAGGGACAGGAUCACAGCUACGAACCUGGUUCUCGAACCGCUGUCACGGCAUUUACUAUCACACGGCCACACGCUUACCUUAAUCACUCACGAUAGAAAAAAAAUAGUAGAUAGGAAAGUGCCACUAUUGAUGGAAUGCACUCUUAUUGAAGUGGCUGAUGAAAAGCAAUUUUUGUGAUAUAAGUAUAUUUUUUUACUAUCUUAUCAAAAUGAAUAUUCUAAUUUAGAUAGUCGAAUAAUAAUAAUAUUGCAUAUUUGCCAUUUCAUUGGCAAAGAUUUAUAUUCUAAACAUUUAUGACUUUUAUCUUAUCCAGUCACAAAGAUAUUUAUAAUAAAGCAU